AUGUUGAUUAAAAAUAUUUUCAUGGAGCUACGCUCUAGAUUGCGUAGUUGCAACGUUUAUAUUACAACAGGGAUAGAUUUAACCAAGAAUUGUAAUUUGAAAAUCAGUAUACAAGCAAAUUGUAUAGUUCUUAAUUAUUAUGAAGAUGAUGAUAAUAUGAAGAGAAGGGAUAGUUUGUCCUCGAUAGAAAGUCUGUCGGACUGCUAUUCAGAGGACGAAGAUGAUGUCACCACGAUUAUCCCCAUAGAAGAAUUCUGUCGCAUAAUACCAAAUUCUAUGUCAUGUCUCAAAAUUUAUAGAAACACAAUCUCAUUCAGGAUUUUAACUGAACCAAAGAACGGAGGCAACUUUUACAAAGAACUUUUAUCAACUAAUAGUACAAUCGGGUCCACAAAGUCCACAAAAGUGAAUCAGAUACAGAUGAACGUGAAAGCCGAUGAGGAAUUCAAAAUCACGUGCGCGAAUUGUUCGAAUGUGAUUUCUGAUAACUUAGUCAAAUUCAAUAGGAUAUUAGAACUGCCUACUACAAACCUGGAUAUGUCCGAAUGGUUUUGCCACGGUCACUCGCACGGUGACAACUCCCAUAAUGACAUUGAAGUUAAGCCGAACAAGUGUGAUUUUCUCUACAGAUUGACUUAUUUCGAUGUUAACAAUUCAAUUUUAUCGGACAAAACAAAUAAGUUUAAUUCUAAACGAGAGGUUUACCAUUGCAACAGAUGUUUGGCGUGGCUCGGACUUAAAAAGAAGGAUAUGGUGAAAUUAUUCAACUCAGAAGUGAAAAUGAACCAAAACGGUUCAGAUAAACAUGUAUUCUCUCAUAAAAAUGCAAGCGAUAACCUGAAGACGGAUGAUUUCAUUUACACAAUAGAAUGUAUAACGAAGGAAUUCAAUCUUGGAUUCCAAUAUACAGUCAUGUGUAAGAUCGUGCUUGAAUGCAAAAUUUCAGCGAAUAAGAAACAAUAUUUACUCAUUUGGGUUAUGGAUAAGGAGUUGCAAGUUUUGAGGAACACGGACCAAAUUAAGGAUGAUAAAGUGAAAUUACAGUCGACUGUGGUUACCAAAAUAUUGUUUAAAGUGGAAUUGUCUUUGAAUGACGAAGUUGAAGGGUGGUUGGCUGACCCUGGUGUGGUGUCCACGGACAUAUCGAAAAAUAUGUUUAAUACGGGGCUGGAACAUUUGCAGCACAUGUCCCUAAAAGUGCCAGAAUCAUUCCGGAACACUAACGGUUACUGUGUCAGUUACUUGAAAAUUUAAAUAAAGUUUGUGAACUAUCAA